UGUCAUUGUCGGUACAGUUGCGUGUGCGAAUGGGGGGAGCUAGAACAUGUGUUAAAGAAGUUCAAAGUAAAAGGAUAUAGAAAGAUAUCGACAUCGGAGCUGGGGUUGAUGAUGAAGAGCCUAGGGAAGGUGACGACAAAGCAGGAGGUGGAUGGUGAUGGUAAUAAUGACGGGUGCAUCAACUUGCAGGAGUACAUCAAGCUGAACACCAAGGGUGUGGACUUCGAUGAGGUGAUGGAGAACUUGAAGGAUACUUUAUCCAUAUUUGACAUGGACAAGAACAAGUUUAUCACAGCGGAGAAGCUGAACACUGAAGCAGAGAGCCUGAGGGAGGAGUGUUCCUUGGAGUAUCGAAGGAUGAUUGACGACAUAAACAAAUACGACAACAACAACGACCACACCAUCACUAUGUCGAUUAAUAACAAUAAUACUAUGAUCAACCCACCAAAUCUUUAG